AUGCCGAAUACGGCCAAGUCAGACUGUGAGAUCAACGGGGGGAGCCUGGUGUUCAUCAAGUCAGCCGAGACCCAGCAGUACCUCACCCACCUAGCGGCCAAGUCAGACUGUGAGAUCAACGGGGGGAGCCUGGUGUUCAUCAAGUCAGCCGAGACCCAGCAGUACCUCACCCACCAACUUGAGCACACCUACAAAGAGCAUCAGCCUAUCUGGAUCGGCCUCGAUGACAUCGAGAGUGAGAACACCUUUAAAUGCGAAGACGGGACGCCCCUAACCUACAGCCACUGGGCACCCGGGAACGGACAGACUGCAUCCGGGGCACAACCUGCCCAGUAUGAGAACAAGGACUGCGUUGCUAUGGAUACCAGAGACGGGGGGAAGUGGAAAGAGUUCCCGUGCGAGUCCACCGAUAUUCUGGUGAUCGUGUCGACAAACGAAAGACACAGUUACGUCUGCCAGUACGACCCAAGUGCUGUGGUGUCGCAGGUGACCCUGCCCGCGGGGACCACAAUGACUUCCAUCACCCACCCCUGCCCGCCAUUGUCCUGCAUUGACCACUGCAAAGUCUACAAGAGGGACCCUGUGACCGGAUGUUUUCUGUGUGAAUGUGAAGCAUAA